AUUGCCUGUGCCUGUCCGUGUGAUUUUGUGAGAAAAACAGAGUGCCGUGAAAGACGAGGACCGGUGGCCGUGCCACCUGCUGGAGCUUAACGUACAUUGUCUGAAAUCGAUAUCGCCAUCCUUGUCUUUCGUCUUAAGAACGUCAUUCUAGUAGUUUGCAGAGAAGAAAUAUGACCGCGAUGGAAACUGUACACGGGGGAUUGUGUUAAGAGUGGCAAAACCUUCGGUGUUUGUAGUGGGAAAAAAUAAUGAAUGUUGAUCUGACAUUUUUAUUAAUUAGCCACGUAAAAGCUCUGUAGCAACUGCAAACCGUUCGGACACUGUUAACAAGAUAAUUUAAUAAUCGAAUGCUAAAGUAUCGAGUGUGUACAAGACAAAAGUUUGUAUAUACGCAAAACGAUUGUCGAAAUUGCGAUAUUCAUUGACCAGAAAAUUGAUGAAGGUUGAUACACUGAUAAAAAUUAUUAUGUCACGUUGCCUAUUCGCUAUUAGCCAAAAAGUGACUGGACACUAAUCAGUUUCGGCUCGUGACAUGUAUCGGAGAUACAUUUAUAUCUAUAUUCAUCGAUUUCAUUGUUUACAUUUACAAAGUGUGAGAACGAGUAUUAAAUAAAAUCUGCAAACGCAUAUGUUUAUCGAUAUCAAUGUGCACGUCUUUAACUCCUGACAUCGUACAAUUCUUUUGAAACUAAAAAGGAUAUAUAAAUGUUUUAUUAUGUCUCGGCACCUUCUAUUCGUGAUAAAAAAUCAGACACUAAACAUUUGAAUAUAGCUUGCUAGGAAAUGCUGUUGUAAACAGUCGUACGAUAUUGAAGAUCCUGCCGUACUUGAAUCGCUAUAUCAUGGUGCUUUAUUAGUGUGCAUAUCACGCCUGUGUAAGAUCCUUAGGACGCCAUAAAUAAUAUAUCGCGCCAAUACAUUGCUUGUAUAAAAAUAACUUAUCUGAGUUUAUCAAAGGAAGCUUCAUGAGCUGCUGUCCAUUCAUGAAACACACAGCUGUCCGAGAGGCCGGCUGUAGCAAGUGCAUGUAAGUAAGCAAAGCAUACACACAUCAGACGCUACACCUUUUAAUGGGCGACUGCGCAGUAGACAAUUCAGCCAUCUAUGUGGCCGUGUACCUCGCACAAGCAUACCAGGCAUUUCUCCGUCUUUGUAUCGCCGUUGGUGUUGUGCGUCUCUUUACCCUUCAGCAGACGCGUGUAUCUCUCUUUCUUUAUCAUCGCUUUCUCCUAUAUAUUUCUUCUCGCUCUCGUGGCAAACGCUUGAUGGUACGCCAAUACUCAGGGACGUAUGACGCGUAUAACAAACUCUUCGAAUUGAAUAUUAUUUCAGAACAAAACAACUUCUAUUUUGUGCAUCAUAAACGCUACGCUUAAUCGUUCCAAGUAGAUUAUAAUGUAUUAAAAAAUUCACCCACGAAAAAUGAAGCAUUUGUCAGUGUUAUCUAUUCACUAGUAUUCGCGACAAAAAUUCUUCGUAAAAAUCCAUUUAUCUAUUCAAUUCAGCUAUAAACAGAAAAUCGUUGAAAAUCGUGAUACGAUUCGUUUCGUCGAAUCGUUUGAAAUUAUAGUUUUUAAACGUCUCACGAAGAUGGUGGUAUAUCGGCCGAAGGAAUUCUCGCAGAAACAUAAACGACGAAAGAAAGAAACGACAUGUUGGUAGGCCGCAGCCGCGGGCACCCGCAUAGUAUACGUAUUAUUUCGUCCCUGGUAGUGCUGCCGGCUGUGGAUGCAGGCGAGAACGUGCGCAGCUGUAAAACGACACGGCUAGGGGAGAGGAUGGUUAGUAUGAGCUCUAUGCUCGUGGAAACAGUUAGUAUAAACUAUGAAGAUUUUAAUGAAAGUUUUUUAACAUGCGGCACAUGUCUUUGUGUUUAUGAUGGUGGAGAACAUACUCCCAAAUUAUUACCAUGUUCACACACGGUAUGUUUACAUUGCUUAACAAGAAUUGCUGCGUCUCAGACUCGCGAGACCGGUGCCUUUCGAUGUCCUAUUUGCAGAGAAUUAAUAACAAUUCCUCGUGGUGGAGUAGCUGCUUUACCACCUAGUUUCCUAGUGAAUCAAUUACUUGAUCUCAUGUCCAGACAAAGACGGGAGGUUAUUCCAAAAUGUUCAGUCCACAUAAAUCAAGAAUUGUUAUUUUGUGAAACAUGUGAUACAGUGUUCUGUACAGUAUGUACAGGUGGUAAUCAUGCAGGAACAUCUCCAGGAUGUACUGAACAUACUAUCAUACCAUUUAGUAUUGCAAUAAAGAGGAUGUCUGAGAUCUUGCUCUAUAAAGCUAAUGAAUGUAUAUCCAAGUUAACACAAGCUCAAGAUUCUGUGAAUACAGAAUUACAACGUUUGGAAGCUUCAACAGAGAGGUGUUUGAGUGCCGUAGAUACUGAAUUUGCUGAAAUUAUAUCAAAAAUUGAAAGGAGACGUUCAGAAUUACAAGCAGCUGUUACUGCUGCUGCAAGAGAUAAGAAACAUGUGUUAGAGGAACAACAUGCUCUGAUAGAAGCUGAAAAAAAUAAAGUGCAACGAGAAUGUGAAGGCUUACAAUAUCAGGUUGAAGUUCGAAAUAUUACACAAAGAAUUGGUAGUUUAUCUGACCAACUCGAUGCGGCAUCAGCACUUAGUGAACCUAAAGAAAAUGCUUUUAUAACUUUUGAAUUUAAUCACAAUAAUGCUCUUUCUCAAUUAGAGGAAGCUCUUAAUAACUUGGGAAGAGUACGUUCUAGUACAACAUUGCCAGGCUUAUGCAGAGCCCGGUUAAAAGACCCCGCCAUAGCGAAAUUACAAGCAGCUGUAAUAGUAGAAACUAUUGACUAUCAUGGACAUCCUAGAAAUGUUGGAGGAGAUCUUAUUGCUGCAGAAUUAACCUUAGCAGAUAGUAUCCAUUCAGAAAACCAAAGUUCCAAUAUUGAUACUGAAAUUAUAGAUUUAGAAAAUGGUACAUACGAAGUAUUGUUCCGACCCCCAUCUGCAAGCCGCUAUAUCUUAAAGUUGUCAGUUUUCGAGCGACCUAUUAAAGAUUAUCCUUUAUUUUUUGAUGCAACUGAACAUAAUGAACCUAUUAAAAUAUAUGGAAGACGAGGAAUUGGGAAAGACGAAUUUCAUCAACCAGUUGCAGUUGCUGUUGAUGAUGAUGGCAUGAUAUAUAUUUUAGACACUGGGAAUUCACGUAUAAAGGUACUCAAUUGUGAUUUGGAGUUUCAAAGGCAUAUAACUAACGAAGGUCUUGAAGGACGUAGUUGUACAGGAAUUGGUAUUUCUCAACAAGGUAUUGUUGUUGUCAAUUGGAGAACGAGAAAAGUAACUGAAAUGAGUUCUCUAGGAGACACUAUUAAAUCUUUUUCCCAUAAUGCAUUUCAAGAACCCAUUGAUGUUGCAGUAGAUAGAAGUUAUGGUCAUAUACUUGUUGCAGAUAAUGGUCAAAGUUGUGUUUUUGUAUUUGAUUCUGAUGGCAAAAUUCUCUUUCAGGUUGGAAAAAGAAGUACAUUCAAAUUGAUUACUUCUGUAACUGUUGGACCUAACGGUGAAAUUGUAGUUGCUGAUAGUCGUAUACAAGUAUUUUCCGCUAAAGGAGACUUUUCUGAGGAAAUUUAUUCAGAAGGCAAAGGAAGAGGUACUUAUGGAGGCCUUGCUGUUGAUGCAGAAGGCAGAAUACUUGGAACUCGCACCGAUAAAGGUCGCAGUAUAAUUCAAGUUUUAAAGUUAGGAGGAGGUAAUAUUUUAACUGAAAUUGAUUCGCAUAGUUCAAAACUACGACGUCCUUCAGGUAUUGCGGUACUACCUGACAAUCACUUAGUAGUUGUAGACUUGGGAAAUGAUUGUAUAAAGAAAUAUAGAUACUGGUAAAAACA